AUGCUACAGAACAUCACAAGCAGAGUUCUGGUAAACAACACCUUCACAGACACAUUUCCCAUCAGAUCCGGCCGACGCCAAGGCUGCCCCUUAGCCCCUCUGCUGUACGUCAUCUACCUAGAGCCUUUCCUUCAGAAAAUCAGGUCAACACCAGGAAUCCCUGGCUAUCAGAUGCCAGGGGCCCUGGGGGAGAGGCUUAAAGUGGUGGCGUACAUAGACGACUACAGUACAGCCACUGGCACUCUCGUCAACAGGUGUAAGAGUGAACUGUACCUGUCACAGGACUGGCAUGAGACUAUCACCACCUCUUUCCCUGUCAAAACAGAGACCAUCAAGCUGCUUGGGGUCACAAUCCAGAGGGAUCCGCCACGUCCAACAGAAGAUCUGCGAAUGGAGCGCACGGUUCCUCACAAUGACAGGUAA